GUUCAUGUGCUGGAGAAGACUCUUUCAUGUGACGUCGUUGGGUUGCAUUCGAGUUCUGGCUUGCACCUGAGACCCCCGCGGCGUUAAUUCGCCCGCUUCCCCAAAUUUGACAGGUCCUGUGAUCUUUCUCCCACCCAAAGCCCGAGACGGUUCGGGAACCACCACCUCCGCAGAACCACUGUGCUACCCGUAUGCCUCGAGUCUAGUCUCACAGCCGCUGCUACAAUGACCUCCCCUGCUGCUCCGCAACUCGCCCACCGUCGUAAACGCACAAAAGUUUCUCCCGAAAACAGCUCUGAGCCUUCUGUUUCCAGCAAGUCAGGUUCUACGGUCAAGGCUUUGAGUGCACCUGCCGAAUCCACCGAUGCCAGCGACUUAAAUUCCGGCGACGAGAGCAGCGAGCUAUCUGAAUCAAGCGAAGAGCCCAGCGACCUGAGCUCCAGCGAGGACGAUUACGAAGAGUGUACCAAGAUGGACGUCGAGAUACCAAAAGAGCCAGAGGUCGUCAACCUGAGGGCGAACAGAGGGAACAAGCCCACGUACAAGCUGGACGAGGGGGAGUUUGGCCCAGACAUUAGAACCUUCUUGAAAGAUUUUCUGCCCCAGUUGAAGGCUGCAAACAAAGAGCUCGAGGCGCAGCGCAAGGAGGGUACACUCAAGAAGCGCGAGAUCGACGCAGUCGAUGGAGAAGAGGAUGAACAGUACAUCGAGAUGAACCUUGGUCUUGGUGUGCUUAAGAUGAAGGACGCCGACAAUAGCUCAGUGAGUAGCAGCGACAGCGAGAUGAGCGACAAUGAAGACACUACAAAGGGGAAAGACGUUCUCGGCAAGCUCAUGGGUCAAGAGCAGGCAAAUGAGCCAGCUGGCAUCCAAGAAGUCAACGAAAAGCAAGGCUCAUGAGGCCGUCAUCACAUUCAUUCGUCAAGUAUGGAAGAUGCACUGUUCGCCAGCGAAAACGCAGUGCCUUCUAUGACUCCUUCUCCCCGCUGUGCCCGAGGCCUGCCUUCGCCCACGUAGCGUCAGCAUUCCGGUGGAUAUCUGGAACCUCGAUAUACUCGCGC